AUGAGUCCCCAAUGCCAAAAGAGGAAUCUUCCAUUCCAAGAAAACAAGGCCGACCAACCCGACGCGAAGAAACCCAAGCGAUGUCUCCUUUCCUUGAUUGACGACGACGUCUUUCGCAACGUCCUUCUUCCAUACCUUCCUUCCAAUAAAUUGGAUCGUUGCGUGCAGUGCAGCGACUUGAUUUCCGCCAAGGAAGAGUGUCGCGUCUGUCAAGAGCCCAUCUGUGCGGAAUGUCAAGACCCCAAGGAUCAUUCGUGUUCUGACUGGUAUCUCCGGUGCGUUCAGUGCAACAAAGCGGACGAUCCUGAUCAAAUGCACCAUUGUCCAUGCUGUAACGGAUACUCUUGCCGGGACUGUGCGCCCGUGACAUGCAUCACCUGCCACAAAAAGUUCCUUCAAGAUUGUUGCUCGAGUGGUGACUUUUGUGGCCGUUGCGAAGCGGCCUACCAAUGCGGUGAUUGUGCCAAGAGCGAGUUUCGGUUGCUCUAUGAGUGUGCUGGCUGUGGUGAAACUGCUUGUAGCGACUGUAUUGGAGAAGCUCAUCAUUGCGAUGCCAAGGCGGAGUUUUUCUGCUCGGAGUGUGAUCCCUGCGACUGUUGCGUGGGAUUUGGUCCCUCAUCGGAUAUGCGAGAUCCUCGGUUGAGGGGGUGGUGUGUUGGCUUCUGUCCUGACCACUUUGCAGCAUGCUGCGGGAGAGCGUCCGGAUACGAAUACUACGGGUUGGGCAGGACUGGAUAA